GAAAAUAUUAAUGUUAAGCACAUCGCAACUUCAUCUACUUCUUCUGCUCCUCUCUCCUCUCUCUCUGUCUCAUGUCACUCCCAUGGACAUGCCCCCUCUCUAACACACCACACGCACUCCCGUAUUCUGUCUCUCGCUGUAUUUGUCCUAUUUGUAAAGAGUGUCACCACUCUGAAACGCGUAUAAAGACCUGAUUUUUCUUGGCAAGAUCCGAUGUUACCGGCGACUCUUCAACUUCCGAGGCGAAAAUGAUCACUUUCCUUGUAAGAGCUCUCGGGAAAUGCUAAGCCCCUUUGCUGUAGUUUACUACCAGUCCAGGACAUGGCACCAUAAGCGCCAAAAAUCGGUUUACCCUCCUUCAUAUGAAGCCGUAAAGAGUAAUAUCGUUUCUCUCUUGAAGUUGGCAACGCUUUUGGUUCUUUAGGAUUUUCAGGAGCGUUGAAAAAUUACUGAGCUAAUAUAUCCUUACGUAUAUUGAUAGGAGUUUGUACAUACGAGUGGAUAGUUUAGGACUUUGAAUUUAUAACUCUUGAAAAAUACUGGCCAGAGAGGAGAAGAUGAGUUUGAGUAGUGCGGCGGAAGAACCAACAGCCCAGGAAAUUCAUAUUCCAGCAGAUAUAGAGUGGCAAAUGCUGGAUAAGUCCAAGUUCUUCUUGCUUGGCGCAGCCUUAUUUUCUGGUGUUUCAGCCACUUUAUACCCUGUGGUCGUGUUGAAAACCCGGCAGCAAGUUGCUCAAUCCCAUGUUCCCUGCGUAAGAACCGCAAUUUGCAUCAUGAGGCAUGAAGGGAUCCGUGGAUUGUAUAGGGGAUUCGGAACCUCAUUGACCGGCACUAUCCCUGCUAGAGCUCUGUAUAUGACUGCACUUGAGGUUACCAAGAGUAAUGUGGGGAAGGCUGCCGCUAGGCUGGGGUUUCCUGAGCCUACUUCAGCGGCUGUGGCCAAUGCUGUGGCCGGAUUGAGUGCUGCAAUGGCGGCACAAGUGGUUUGGACACCUGUUGAUGUAAUCAGCCAAAGACUAAUGGUGCAAGGAAAUGGUUGUGUUGGUGGUGGACGAGUUCAGAGUGCUUUUAGUGCAUUGCCGUGUAAAUAUGUAAAUGGGGUUGAUGCAUUUAUUAAGAUUUUGAAUACAGAUGGGGUAAGAGGAUUGUAUAGAGGAUUUGGGAUAUCGAUUCUGACAUAUGCUCCAUCAAAUGCUGUUUGGUGGGCCUCUUAUUCAGUGGCACAGAGGCUUGUUUGGGGUGGAAUCGGGUGUUUCCUUUGCAAGAAAGAAGAGGAAAGCCUUGACAAUGGAGUCAUAACUGUGAGCAAUGUUACAACUAGUGGUACUAAUAAUGGAUUGAGGCCGGAUGCUAAAACUGUGAUGGUUGUUCAAGGCCUGAGUGCAGCCAUGGCUGGAGGGUUCUCAGCUUUGAUCACAAUGCCUUUGGACACGAUCAAGACAAGGUUGCAGGUUUUGGACGGCAAUGAGAAUGGUAGAAAGGGGCCAAGUUUGGGGCAGACAGUGAGGAAUCUGGUGAGGGAGGGUGGAUGGAUGGCUUGUUACAGAGGGUUGGGUCCAAGGUGGGCUUCUAUGUCCAUGUCUGCUAUCACAAUGAUCACUACAUAUGAAUUUUUGAAACGGCUGUCAGCAAAGAAUCAACAAGAGUUGACAUUAUAAUUUCACACACAGACAAAAGUAGUAUAAAGAAUAAGGUUCCUUUUUUUCUUUGUUUUUUAUAUUUUCUUAUGUUUUGACCUUGGUGAUAUUUCUGACCUGGUUUCUUUACACAAAGCCAUAGUUUCCUUUUAUUUUCUUUGUAAAUAGCGCUCUGUUUAUCUCCACGAGUUAUAUGAUGAAUUUAAGCAAUACCCGGUUUUUCGUUUCA